AUGUCAGCAGAUGAUGAUGAUGACAAUGACGAUGAGAACAUGGAGAUCUUCAAACAGACAAGACGAGUAAGGACAUCAAAGAAGAGAACUUGCAACAUUCUGGAAAAGAUGCAGGAUUUGAGACGAUACAGAGUCUACGCAGGAGGUAAAAGAGGAAGAGGUCGAAAAAGGAACAUGAAAGGUCAGUCUUCCAAAGCCGGGAAAAAAGGCACUGAUGGAAAUCACUCUUCUGAUAAAUCAGAGAUUAGAUUUGACAAAGAUGAAGGAAUAGAAUUAGCAGUAAAGAAUGAGAAGCUGGAUACAAAGAAAUCUAUGAAUGCAAGUGACCAAGGACUUGAUCCAAAUACAUGUAAAAAUGAUGAACACUCAGACCAGCAUAUUUGCAAUAUGAAAGACAACAAAGGUUCAGAUGGAGUUGUGCAGGACGAUUCAAAGAAUAAUCUGUUGCAAUCAAAUUUUGAUGAAAAUAGGGAAAUUGAAACAGACGAUGAUAGUGGCAGUGAUGUUCAUAUACCAGUGAAACGUUCGUGUGCAAGGAAUUGUAUAGAAUCUGAUAGUGAUACAGACACAAGUCCUGGAUGUGAUUUAUUCGAUAGAAGUGUUUCACCAGAACGCAAUAUGCCUUUGAAUGUUUGUGAUAGACCAAAAGAUAUGCCCAGAAAUGAACCAGUAGGCAAUGUCUGUGAAUCGGUAUUGGAAAAUGAUGAUAUGAUGAAAAAUGAUUUUUCAGAUGUUUCAGAUGGUGUAGAAGAAGAUGCAGUGUUUGACAGUGACCUGAAGAAUAGAAGCUUUGAUACAGUAAAAGAUGGUACAGACAAUGAUACUGAUAUGUCAUUUAAUGAUCAUGCUCAUUCAAGGAAUCCUUUAGAAUCUUCUUCAGAUUCAAAUAUCAAAGAUGAAGACAUUGAAAAGGCAAUAGAUGCUAAUAUGUACACAUGUACUGAUGAAACAGAAACAGAAGUUGAAUUUGUAGCAGAUCUUGGAUUACGUGGUAGACCGGAUAAAGAUUUCAAAUUUGUACCCCUCCAGAAUAAUGACAAACAGAACAUUUGUUCAAAACUGAAUAUCAGAUAUAUAGGCAAAGGCUGUGAUUCAAGGUUAGAUAGAAAUAGCUGUCUUGGAGUUCCUUUACAGAGUAAACAAAUUACUGGUGAUGGCAAUUGUUUCUUUCGUGCAAUUUCCUAUGUAAUUUUUGGAACUGAGCGUAAUCAUGCAAUUUUAAGAAAUGCCACUGUGAAACAUUUAUUGCAAACCAAGGACAUGUUUAGUAAUACAUUGAGGCAAGAAUAUAGAACAGUCAGAGAAUAUGUUUUGAAACGUAGAAUAAAGGAAGACGGAACGUGGGCUACAGACACUGAAAUUAGCGCUUUAGCAAAUUUAAUCGAUACUGAUAUUUAUUCAUACAAUGACCAAGUACCAUGUUGGCAAUUGUACUCCGCAAAGAAACCUGGAAGAAUCAAUAUUGUUACAUCUGAUAAGGGAAUUUAUAUACUGUACACAGGAAAUGUUCAUUUUAAUGUUGUUGAAUCUGUAGAUUUUGUCAAUUUCAAUUCAUUGGAACAGACAAGAACAACUAAAGAAGAUAGAACGUCAAAGAGGACUUUGCCAUGUCAAUCAAUUCAGGCUGAUGUUAAAGUAAAGCAUGUGUUGAAGAAGUGUAGAUCCAAGUCGCAGAUAGUGGAAGAAAUUGAUGAAGUAGUGGAUAAGUCUCCUGAAACAUUUCAAAACCAUGUUGAUCCAAACGGAAAAAAACGUAGGCUCACGUUGGAGACUGGUACGAUAAAUCACGAUGAGAGGAAAGGUACUGCAAAUCUUUUGGACAUGACAUAUGAACAGUGUGCAAGUAAUCAGUCUGAAUCAGUCGUUCACAACGAACGUAACACCAAGGACGAAACCCUUGAAAGUGAUCACAAAGACAAAUGCACGAGAGUCGAUACACAAAUAACGCUUGUUGCCCAAGGGACAUUCAAUCAAGGUGAUACAAGAUUUGGUGACUUAAGUGGAAAGCAGUGUGUUACCAAUUCACUUUCUGCACUGUUGUAUAGCAAGGUAAAAAAUGCCAAUGAUUGGAAAAGUACAGAUCUAGACAGGAUUUUGAAUAACGGUAAUGAAUUAUACUGUUACAUACGGCGAUCCACUUCACUCGACAACCAAUACUUAUUGAUAUCUGAUCUAUUUGAAUAUUUGGAUGCGUACAAUGAAUUGUUUAACAUAGUACGCCGUGAACCAGUCACUGGAUUGUUAGAUGGAGAUGAAUUGAUAUUGGCCCAGUCUCUUUCGAUGACAUUGAAGCAAGCACUCGAAAAAGAACUCUGUACUGAUUCUGAUGCAUGUUUUGUGACAUUUGCUAGAAGUACUUUCAUUGUAUUAUCUGGUCAAGAUGGUUUCUUUAUAUUUGAUUCACAUUCCAGAAGUAGUCGAGGUUUCCUGAGUUGUAACGGACACAGUGUUGUACUUCGUACUCAAAGCUGGCAAGGUGUGUACAAGCAUUGCAUGAGAUUAAGGAUUGUCGACCUGAUCCGUAUAUUGAAGUUGGAACAUUCCAUGAACCUUGCAAAGUGCUCAUUUUUUGACUGGGUUGGAGUAGGAGACAAGGUACGUCACGGUGGAAACCAUCACUCUCAAGAAGACACUCAAAUCAGAGAUCAAGCUUGAACGUGACAAUAAGACAUGCAAGUAUUUAAGUAAAGAAGAGGUUGAUAUCAUGGUUAUAUAUGGAAUAUCAAAAUGGGAAGGUUAAUGAUAAUGAAAGAAUACUAAUAUCGGGACGCAAUGCUGGAAUGUUAUUCGCUGAAAGAUGAUUGUUUGGUAGUGAUAAUGAGUUCUAGUUGAGUAGGUUAUUCACUAUGAUGUAAGUUGUUUGAGUUAAUGAAAAUUGGAGGGUUAUACAGAGAUGCCAAUCAGUACGAUUAAAUCAUAUUUAGUACGAUAAUAAGAGUGAAAUACGAUCUUAAAAUACAAUUUUUCAUCUUUUUUCCCAAAAAACAAACAAACACGGAAUCGCAU